AAAUAUUUACCUAUCGUCCUGCCGAUUCGGUUUCGACAAUGUGCUUUCGAGCAGCCAAAUGUGACUUGAAGAACCAUUGAGAGUCUGACCACACGUAGUUUUUCACUCUCUUGACGUGGCCUUUGGCCAUUUCGUAUCUUAUGUUUCUUUCAUUUAAAAAAUAUAAUCUGACCUUUGAUAGAAUUCUGUUGUUGGUUUGAUUGUUCAGCUUUUUAAAUUUAUUUACUUCCAUUUUAAUUUCAACAUUUGUCGUCCCUUAUUCAGUUGAAUUAAGUUAAGAAAAAUGAGUAAAGGCCUCAGGGAAGAAGUUAAAAUAGUGGUGAAUUCAUUGCUCGUGCCACAUUCCAGAGGCCUUACGCUGGAAAAAUUUCUGAAAGAGUAUGCUGAUGUAGAAAUGAAACAAUUUCCACACAGACAACUUGGAUUUAACACACCAGCAGAUUUCUUGUUUUCUGUCCCUGAUGUUGUAAAAUGCACAACUUUAAGAAGUGGUCACAUUCUUCUUCAAGCGGUUGCAAAUGAGAAUGUUUCCCACAUACAGGAGCUAGUUAAGGGCCAAAAAAAUAGCCAGACUGCCAGCCUUAAAAACUUCAAUCGACUGCUUCAACAAAACAAUCGCUAUUGCCCACCCUUUGCUAGGCAAUUUCCUCCUCCACCAAUUCAAAUCAGUCAAAAUGUUUCUGGAAGACAAUUCUCUGCAUGGAUAAGGCUACCCCCUUUCAGUGUGCCAAAUCAGAUGAUCAGCAGGCCUCAGGCUUCACAGGUAUUCCAUCAGCACCAGGCUGCACAGACCUUCAAUUCGUCUGAAGCCAUCAUUCCAUUGCCUCGCACAUGCUCAAGUGUGGAAUAUGAGUGUCAGUUGGUCUCCGAAUUCGAAAAACUUCUGCUGUCCUAUCCGAAUGGAGUCAAUACGGCAUACAUUUUUGCCCUUUAUUCGAGCAGAUACAAAAAAGAAGUAGACCUUCACCGCAUUGAGCCUAAUUUGAGCUCUAUCUCUUUCUUUAAGCGGCAUGAACAUGUAUUUCGAGUUUGGAAAUGUUCAGAAAAUGUUAUGGUAGCCCUCGUAGUGCCAUACUGUGUAGAUGCAAGCCAGUUGCCAACUGCAAAUCAGUCACCUUUAGCAGAAAAAGGCAGACUGACGGGUGCAAUACCAAAGGGCCAAUUCUCGAAGAAUGCGGGACAUCAGAAUUUCCAACCUCCAACACAUGCAGUACAUCCAAUGUUCCAAUCGCCGCCGAAAGUUGCACCUCCGAUUUUUCAAUCUCCAACGAAAGCAGUGCCCGUUCAGUUCAAAUCUCCCACAGAGGCAGCGGGUUUUUCAGCGGAAGGCGUUAAUCGUACAGCAAAUAGUCAGGCCUUUCAACCCAAGUGGUCUGCUACAGAUAUUCGCACGCGUAAUCCUACCGCCGAGACGUUCCAAACAGUGACAACCGAUUGGAAUUCACCAAAGCAUUCGCCUGUCACUCAUUUGACUCCAUCAAAAAUGAUUCAUGGUGGUUGCCAUGCAAAUUCCAUCGCUGACGAAGUUCUACCAGUCACAUUUGGUGUACGUAGACCGAAAAUUAAGAACGUCUACGAACCGGAUACGGAAAUAACUCGACAGGCAUUUCCUUCUAACUUGGCCAAUUUCGACUACUUUUUUCUCAUUGUUGCAGAAGUCUAUUCUCCUGGCGAAUUCUAUUGGUUCCUGAGCGAAAACCGAAAACUGAUAGAAGAUCUGACGGAUGAUAUGACGUUGUUUUAUGGUGCUAAUCCUGAAUAUGUCAUAUCUUGUGCAGAAAUGUACAUCGGCCAACUAGUUGCUGCCAUGUACACCGACAAUCUUUGGUAUCGAGCACGUAUUGUCGGAUGCCACGAAGAUAUGUUCCAGGUUUUCUAUGUAGAUUAUGGCAGUAAAAACUUAGUAAAAAUCGAACGGUUGCGCCACCUCCAUAUGCGUUUCACAAAGAUGCCACUGCAGGCUUUUCGAGGUCGAAUUUUCGGCAUUCGACCCUUGUCCACCGAGACAAAAUGGUCGUUCGAAUCAGGAAAAUGGUUCUUGGAUCUUAUCAAAGGUUGCAAAAUUAUCGCUGCUGCCAAAAUGAUUGAAGAAACCUUGGCUGUACCAAAAUAUGACAUUGAUACAGUCUAUUCAUUAACCUUAGUCGACACAACAAAAGAGAAUGACGUUCACAUUAGUGACUACUUGAUCGAAAAUGGCUUUGCUGUUGCCUGCGAGGAAGAACAGAGAGCGUUGGUUGCUGCCACUCCUGCUGUUGAAUAUUCAGAUCUGAUUCCUGCGCGUUCGCCAAGUCCAACCUGUGCAUUUCCUUCAUCUGCCACAACUUCACUUGUGCACCAGUUGGAAAACGCAAGCCUCUCAUCUCGAGCAAUGUCACCAGCUGUAAAUCCUGGACAGUUUAAUUUUUCCAGUUCCUCCAUAGAUGACAUUAUCGUGCAUGAGAAAACUUCUGUGGGAAGAUCUGCACAGAUCAGAUCGAAAAUCUUGCACUGGCGGAACAACCUCCAUAUACCGCAUCUCUGUCUGCAGCACCAGAAAGGCAAACCUUUUUCUUUUACCUUAUGUGGUGAGUCUGAACAAUGUUAUGUCAGUCAGCUAGUUUUGAAAGACGGACGAAUACUGUACAUAGUUGAAGAUGAUGACGAGCUGUAUCUUCCAAAGCCCGAUAUGUUGAAGUUGAUACCCAAUCUUGAUCGGCAAAUAGCAGCUCUCAAAGUGAGAGUCGACGUCAAAGUUGUCAAUAUCCAGACAAAAUCGCACAUAUUUAGCGAUUGCGCAAAGGCUGGCGCCCCUUGGAUGACGAAUGAGGAGGGCACUAUGAUAUCCAAACUCAUUCUUUACUCAUUGCAACAUGUUUCUCUGUUAUUGUUUAUAUGCUCGGUAAAGGAUAAGAUGGUUUCCUCUGCCAUAGAGUCCAAACGAAAGGAAUACAGCAUUAAAUACGCAUCAUAAUCAUCACAUUUUCAAAGAAAUUUACAUGAAGCUUUUAGGCGUGAAAAUUGAACUUUUUUUUAUCGCGAAGCGUUCAUUCCAGGAAAUCUCUGUUUUAUUAAUUGAAUCAAUUCGCAUUGUGGAUAUUAUGCAAUAAUACAGACUGUAAAUUUUU